AUGCAGACCGCACCUAGUCCUUUUCUUGCCGCAGUUCUUCCUAUUAGAGCGGCUGCAGCUACUUUCUCAACUCCGGCAGUGGGUACUGCCUGCUCUCAGGGAGCCAUCGCAACGCAACCCAAUGGCCUGGCUGAUCACGAGUCCCAAGACAGCGAGUAUUCUGAAACUGCAGCCGCCACUCUCUCUCCCUCCUCCACCUAUGGCAACGCGGCGAGUCAGCAUCUCACCGCCGCCACUCAGUUAAACGCCGGCCUCCCCUCCGCCUACGCCUCUCUUUCAGCUGCAGCCGCCACUCCCUCCCCCUCCUCCGCCUAUGGCAAUGUGGCGAGUCAGCAUCUCACCACCGCCACUCAAUUAAACGCCGGCCUCCCCUCCGCCUCCGCCUCCCUUUCCGCUGCAGCCACCACUCUCUCUCCCUCCUCCGUCUAUGGCAAUGCGGCGAGUCAGCAUCUCACCGCUGCCACUCAGUUAAACGCCGGCCUCCCCUCCGCCUCCGCCUCCCUCUCAGCUGCAGCCGCCACCCUCUCUCCCUCAUCUGCCUAUGGCAAUGCGGCGAGUCAGCAUCUCACUGCCGCCACUCAGUUAAACGCCGGCCUCCCCUCCGCCUACGCCUCUCUUUCAGCUGCAGCCGCCACUCUCUCUCCCUCCUCCGCCUAUGGCAAUGCGGCGACUGCAGCUGUCACCCUCUCUCCCUCCUCCGCCUAUGGCAAUGCGGCGAGUCAGCAUCUCACCGCCUCCACUCAGUUAAAUGCCGGCCUCCCCUCCGCCUCCGCCUCCCUUUCAACAGCAGCUGCCACUCUCGCUCCCUCCUCCGCCUAUGGCAAUGCGGCGAGUCAACAUCUCACCGCCGCCACUCAGUUAAACGCCGGCCUCCCCUCCGCCUACGCCUCCCUUUCAGCUGCAGCCGCCACCCUCUCUCCCUCCUCCGCCUAUGGCAAUGCGGCGAGUGAGCAUCUCACCGCCGCCACUCAGUUAAAUGCCGGCCUCCCCUCCGCCUCCGCCUCCCUUUCAGCUGCAGCCACCACCCUCUCUCCCUCCUCCGCCUAUGGCAAUGCGGCAAGUGAGCAUCUCACCGCCGCCACUCAGUUAAAUGCCGGCCUCCCCUCUGCCUCCGCCUCAACAGCAGCCGCCACUCUCUCUCCCUCAUCCGCCUAUGGCAAUGCGGCGAGUCAGCAUCUCACCACCGCCACUCAGUUAAACACUGGCCUCCGCUCCGCCUCCGCCUCGCUUUCAGCUGCAGCCGCCACCCUCUCUCCCUCCUCCGCCUAUGGCAAUGCGGCAAGUCAUCAUCUCAACGCCGCCACUCAGUUAAACCCGCAUGCCUCAGAUCCGCACUCGAGCCCAGUUCAGCCUUCCUGCCCUUCUUCCUCCCGACCUGAACAGGUCACUCACUCCUCUCAGGCCACUUUGCCAGGCCUAGUUGGCCAUCCCCUCAACUCCGCCGCACGCCCUGCUGCCCUGGCCUCCCCUGCCCCACCAGCCAUGCCCGAAGUUCAGCAACAGUCGGGGCGGCCGUGGGGACUUCGAGAGAUGGUGGACAAGGCCCUGGACAUCCUUUUCUUCCGCACCCCUCUCAACGACUUCACGAUGUGGCCCAAACCUGGCCGGAUCAAUCAGGUGUUGCUCUUGGUGCUGGGCCUCACUGCACUGGAGGAGCAGUAUGUGAGCGUGUGCUGCCAGGUGUAUGUGUUUGUGUUGGCAGGUAUGUAUGAGAGUGUGUGUUGCCAGGUGUAUGUGUUUGUGUUGGCAGGUAUGUAUGUGAGUGUGAGUUGCCAGGUGUAUGUGUUUGUGUUGGCAAGUAUUUUUCCCCUCACCUCCUCUCCACGCUCCGAUGUUUCUCAGAGACACCUUGGGAUCGGUCCUGCUGUGGCACGGUCCUGUGUAUGUGUUUGUGUUGGCAGGUAUGAGAGUGUGUGUUGCCAGGUGUAUGUGUUUGUGUUGGCAGGUAUGUAUGAGAGUGUGUGUUGCCAGGUGUAUGUGUUUGUGUUGGCAGGUAUGUAUGUGAGUGUGAAUUGCCAGGUGUAUGUGUUUGUGUUGGCAGGUAUGUAUGUGAGUGUGUGCUUCCAGGUGUAUGUGUUUGUGUUGGCAGGUAUGUAUGUGAGUGUGAGUUGCCAGGUGUAUGUGUUUGUGUUGGCAGGUAUGUAUGUGAGUGUGUGCUGCCAGGUGUAUGUGUUUGUGUUGGCAGGUAUGUAUGUGAGUGUGUGCUUCCAGGUGUAUGUGUUUGUGUUGGCAGGUAUGUAUGUGAGUGUGAUUUGCCAGGUGUAUGUGUUUGUGCUGGCAGGUAUGUAUGUGAGUGUGUGCUGCCAGGUGUAUGUGUUUGUGUUGGCAGGUAUGUAUGAGAGUGUGUGUUGCCAGGUGUAUGUGUUUGUGUUGGCAGGUAUGUAUGUGAGUGUGUGCUGCCAGGUGCAUGUGUUUGUGUUGGCAGGUAUGUAUGUGAGUGUGAGUUGCCAGGUGUAUGUGUUUGUGUUGGCAGGUAUGUAUGUGAGUGUGUGCCGCCAGGUGUAUGUGUUUGUGUUGGCAGGUAUGUAUGUGAGUGUGUGCUGCCAGGUGUAUGUGUUUGUGUUGGCAGGUAUGUAUGUGAGUGUGUGCUUCCAGGUGUAUGUGUUUGUGUUGGCAGGUAUGUAUGUGAGUGUGUGCUGCCAGGUGUAUGAGUUUGUGUUGGCAGGUAUGUAUGUGAGUGUGUGCUGCCAGGUGUAUGUGUUUGUGUUGGCAGGUAUGUAUGUGAGUGUGUGCUGCCAGGUGUAUGUGUUUGUGUUGGCAGGUAUGUAUGUGAGUGUGUGCUGCCAGGUGUAUGUGUUUGUGUUGGCAGGUAUGUAUGUGAGUGUGUGCUGCCAGGUGUAUGUGUUUGUGUUGGCAGGUAUGUAUGUGAGUGUGAUUUGCCAGGUGUAUGUGUUUGUGCUGGCAGGUAUGUAUGUGAGUGUGUGCUGCCAGGUGUAUGUGUUUGUGUUGGCAGGUAUGUAUGAGAGUGUGUGUUGCCAGGUGUAUGUGUUUGUGUUGGCAGGUAUGUAUGUGAGUGUGUGCUGCCAGGUGCAUGUGUUUGUGUUGGCAGGUAUGUAUGUGAGUGUGAGUUGCCAGGUGUAUGUGUUUGUGUUGGCAGGUAUGUAUGUGAGUGUGUGCCGCCAGGUGUAUGUGUUUGUGUUGGCAGGUAUGUAUGUGAGUGUGUGCUGCCAGGUGUAUGUGUUUGUGUUGGCAGGUAUGUAUGUGAGUGUGUGCUGCCAGGUGUAUGUGUUUGUGUUGGCAGGUAUGUAUGAGAGUGUGUGCUGCCAGGUGUAUGUGUCUGGGUUGGCAGGUAUGUAUGUGAGUGUGUGCUGCCAGGUGUAUGUGUUUGUGUUGGCAGGUAUGUAUGUGAGUGUGUGCUGCCAGGUGUAUGUGUUUGUGUUGGCAGGAAUGUAUCAGAGUGUCUGCUGCCAGGUGUAUGUGUCUGUGUUGGCAGGUAUGUAUGUGAGUGUGAGUUGCCAGGUGUAUGUGUUUGUGUUGGCAGGUAUGUAUGUGAGUGUGAGUUGCCAGGUGUAUGUGUUUGUGUUGGCAGGUAUGUAUGUGAGUGUGAGUUGCCAGGUGUAUGUGUUUGUGUUGGCAGGUAUGUAUGUGAGUGUGUGCUGCCAGGUGUAUGUGUUUGUGUUGGCAGGUAUGUAUGUGAGUGUGUGCUGCCAGGUGUAUGUGUUUGUGUUGGCAGGAAUGUAUGUGAGUGUGUGCUGCCAGGUGAAUGUGUUUGUGUUGGCAGGUAUGUAUGUGAGUGUGUGCUGCCAGGUGAAUGUGUUUGUGUUGGCAGGUAUGUAUGUGAGUGUGAGUUGCCAGGUGUAUGUGUUUGUGUUGGCAGGUAUGUAUGUGAGUGUGUGCUGCCAGGUGUAUGUGUUUGUGUUGGCAGGUAUGUAUGUGAGUGUGUGCUGCCAGGUGUAUGUGUUUGUGUUGGCAGGUAUGUAUGUGAGUGUGUGCUGCCAGGUGUAUGUGUUUGUGUUGGCAGGUAUGUAUGAGAGUGUGUGCUGCCAGGUGUAUGUGUCUGGGUUGGCAGGUAUGUAUGUGAGUGUGUGCUGCCAGGUGUAUGUGUUUGUGUUGGCAGGUAUGUAUGUGAGUGUGAGUUGCCAGGUGAAUGUGUUUGUGUUGGCAGGUAUGUAUGUGAGUGUGUGCUGCCAGGUGUACGUGUUCGUGUUGGCAGGUAUGUAUGUGAGUGUGUGCUGCCAGGUGUAUGUGUUUGUGUUGGCAGGUAUGUAUGUGAGUGUGUGCUGCCAGGUGUUUGUGUUUGUGUUGGCAAGUAUGUAUGUGAGUGUGUGCUGCCAGGUGUAUGUGUUUGUGUUGGCAGGUAUGUAUGAGAGUGUGUGCUGCCAGGUGUAUGUGUCUGGGUUGGCAGGUAUGUAUGUGAGUGUGAGUUGCCAGGUGAAUGUGUUUGUGUUGGCAGGUAUGUAUGUGAGUGUGUGCUGCCAGGUGUACGUGUUCGUGUUGGCAGGUAUGUAUGUGAGUGUGUGCUGCCAGGUGUAUGUGUUUGUGUUGGCAGGUAUGUAUGUGAGUGUGUGCUGCCAGGUGAAUGUGUUUGUGUUGGCAGGUAUGUAUGUGAGUGUGUGCUGCCAGGCAUAUGUGUUUGUGUUGGCAAGUAUGUAUGUGAGUGUGAGUUGCCAGGUGAAUGUGUUUGUGUUGGCAGUUAUGUAUGUGAGUGUGUGCUGCCAGGUGUAUGUGUUUGUGUUGGCAGGUAUGUAUGUGAGUGUGUGCUGCCAGGUGUAUGUGUUUGUGUUGGCAGGCAUGUAUGAGAGUGUGUGCUGCCAGGUGUAUGUGUCUGUGUUGGCAGGUAUGUAUGUGAGUGUGAGUUGCCAGGUGUAUGUGUUUGUGUUGGCAGGUAUGUAUGUGAGUGUGUGCUGCCAGGUGAAUGUGUUUGUGUUGGCAGGUAUGUAUGUGAGUGUGAGUUGCCAGGUGAAUGUGUUUGUGUUGGCAGGUAUGUAUGUGAGUGUGUGCUGCCAGGUGUAUGUGUUUGUGUUGGCAGGUAUGUAUGUGAGUGUGUGCUGCCAGCUGUAUGUGUUUGUGUUGGCAGGUAUGUAUGUGAGUGUGUGCUGCCAGGUGUAUGUGUCUGUGUUGGCAGGUAUGUAUGUGAGUGUGUGCUGCCAGGUGUAUGUGUUUGUGUUGGCAGGUAUGUAUGAGAGUGUGUGCUGCCAGGUGUAUGUGUCUGGGUUGGUAGGUAUGUAUGUGAGUGUGUGCUGCCAGGUGUAUGUGUUUGUGUUGGCAGGGAUGUAUGUGAGUGUGUGCUGCCAGGUGUAUGUGUUUGUGUUGGCAGGUAUGUAUGUGAGUGUGUGCUGCCAGCUGUAUGUGUUUGUGUUGGCAGGUAUGUAUGUGAGUGUGUGCUGCCAGGUGUAUGUGUCUGUGUUGGCAGGUAUGUAUGUGAGUGUGUGCUGCCAGGUGUAUGUGUUUGUGUUGGCAGGUAUGUAUGAGAGUGUGUGCUGCCAGGUGUAUGUGUCUGGGUUGGUAGGUAUGUAUGUGAGUGUGUGCUGCCAGGUGUAUGUGUUUGUGUUGGCAGGGAUGUAUGUGAGUGUGUGCUGCCAGGUGUAUGUGUUUGUGUUGGCAGGUAUGUAUGUGAGUGUGUGCUGCCAGGUGUAUGUGUUUGUGUUGGUAGGUAUGUAUGUGAGUGUGUGCUGCCAGGUGUAUCUGUUUGUGUUGGCAGGUAUGUAUGUGAGUGUGUGCUGCCAGGUGUAUGUGUUUGUGUUGGCAGGUAUGUAUGUGAGUGUGUGCUGCCAGGUGUAUGUGUUUGUGUUGGCAGGUAUGUAUGAGAGUGUGUGCUGCCAGGUGUAUGUGUCUGGGCUGGUAGGUAUGUAUGUGAGUGUGUGCUGCCAGGUGUAUGUGUUUGUGUUGGCAGGUAUGUAUGUGGGUGUGUGCUGCCAGGUGUAUGUGUUUGUGUUGGCAGGUAUGUAUGUGAGUGUGAGUUGCCAGGUGUAUGUGUUUGUGUUGGCAGGUAUGUAUGUGAGUGUGUGCUGCCAGGUGUAUGUGUUUGUGUUGGCAGGUAUGUAUGAGAGUGUGUGCUGCCAGGUGUAUGUGUUUGUGUUGGCAGGUAUGUAUGUGAGUGUGUGCUGCCAGGUGUAUGUGUUUGUGUUGGCAGGUAUGUAUGUGAGUGUGUGCUGCCAGGUGUAUGUGUUUGUGUUGGCAGGUAUGUAUGUGAGUGUGUGCUGCCAGGUGUAUGUGUUUGUGUUGGCAGGUAUGUAUGUGAGUGUGUGCUGCCAGGUGUAUGUGUUUGUGUUGGCAGGUAUGUAUGAGAGUGUGUGCUGCCAGGUGUAUGUGUUUGUGUUGGCAGGUAUGUAUGUGAGUGUGUGCUGCCAGGUGUAUGUGUUUGUGUUGGCAGGUAUGUAUGUGAGUGUGUGCUGCCAGGUGUAUGUGUUUGUGUUGGCAGGUAUGUAUGAGAGUGUGUGCUGCCAGGUGUAUGUGUUUGUGUUGGCAGGUAUGUAUGUGAGUGUGUGCUGCCAGGUGUAUGUGUUUGUGUUGGCAGGUAUGUAUGUGUGUGUGCGUUGCCAGGUGUAUGUGUUUGUGUGGGCAGGUAUGUAUGAGAGUGUGUGUUGCCAGGUGUAUGUGUUUGUGUUGGCAGGUAUGUGUGUGCUGCCAGGUGUAUGUGUCUGUGUUGGCAGGUAUGUGAGUGUGUGCUGCCAGGUGUAUGUGUUUGUGUUGGCAGGUAUGUAUGUGGGUGUGUGCUGCCAGGUGUAUGUGUUUGUGUUGGCAGGUAUGUAUGUGAGUGUGAGUUGCCAGGUGUAUGUGUUUGUGUUGGCAGGUAUGUAUGUGAGUGUGUUCUGCCAGGUGUAUGUGUUUGUGUUGGCAGGUAUGUAUGAGAGUGUGUGCCGCCAGGUGUAUGUGUUUGUGUUGGCAGGUAUGUAUGUGAGUGUGUGCUUCCAGGUGUAUGUGUUUGUGUUGGCAGGUAUGUGA